AUGAGCAAGAAGCGGCGCGUCGCCAAGACGUCGACGAAUGCGGCGGCGACGCCAUCGAUGCCAGCAGUCGGCGACGUCAAGCUCUACGAAGAUGCGCUGGCGCUGCUCAAGCCGCAGGUCUUGUCGACACCGCCGCUGGUCUUUAACAUGGCGUCCAACCUCCAGCCGCUGGUGCGCAUCGACGACGACGACUGGCUUGGCCUCCCGCUCUGCACGCUGCAAGCUACACACGUGCUGUCGACGUACGGCAACGGCGCAGCGUGCGCGGUCGUACCCGGAAGCCGCCUCCGCUUUGACAACCCGGCGUGGCAAGCCGAGCUCGAUGGCGUCGUUCGUUCAAAAGUGCAAUCAGCAUUUCUCGCGUCCGGGGCGUUUACGUACGAGCUCGCGCACUUGGCGAUCGACACGGUAGGUCGGAGCGAGAGCUUGCGGCCAGCGACGCGGCCAAGCAACGCGUUUGGCACACUCUGCAUCGCGCUGCCGUCGUACGCGGUAGGCGAUGCACCUCGGUUCGGUGCAGUUCCCAUGUACACGUCGGUGCCGCUCAUGACCGCGCGUUGCGCCCUUGCUCUUUCGUCCACGCCGAUCUCGGCAGGUACAAUCACGGCCGGCCGCCGGGUACUGCUUGUCUACCAUCUGCUCCAUGACCGUCCAACGGACCGGGUGCGCGCGGCGGCGGCGGCCGUUGCAACCGUCGCACGCCGACCGUCGCCGACGAUCAACAUCUUUGGCAUGGGCGUGCUCAAUCCCGGCAACCUCACGCUAGAUGAGAAGGCCGUUGUCGCAGCGCUGCUCCCGUCGCACGAUCUCGUUAUCGUCGAACAUACCUACGCGCGCGGCAGCUUCACGGGCGGUCUGGCGACGUGGGCAUUUGCUGACGGUGCCGAGAAGAACGUCGAGGCGCUCCAGUCGUGCAUUGGCCACGUUACUGUCCAAGCGUGGCUGUACGGUAAUGGCACAAACCCGCGGUUUGGCCUCGUCUUUUGGACCAAGCCGUACCGGGCGACGAUGUCGGAGCUCUCGGCCAUCGCCCGCGCCCUCUACGACCAUAGCUUCAACCCAGCAAGCGACGUCGACCUCUUUGGCCGCGCCAGUGUCGACGACCUCAUUUGCGCCGUGCUGCCGCGCUUCCAGCAACCCCACGAGUUGCACGACUACCUGUACUUUACAGCUGUCAUUCUCUUCCACGAAGCACUCGGCCGCCUUCAGCGACUGCAGUGGCUCGACGUCUUCUUCUCCGACAUCUUUCUCGUGGGACCUACGAUACACGACGUGCUCUUUGAUAUGGGCGCCAACCUCGCGCGCGACAUUGCGACGUUUGGCUGGGCCAAAAUGGCGCCGCCGCUAUUGCGCUUGAUCCAGCGCUGGGCGACGCGCACGGACGCCGACAUUUACCACGGCUACCGCCUCGUAACCAGCCUCGCCGGCGUCGCCGACCGCCGCCCUAAUGGUCCCAACGGCAUCGACGUUCCGCUCUUUGAAGUCUGCGAUGCCGUGGCCGCGCCCCAUCUCACCGAGUGGGUCGUCGACGCGUUCGCUGCGUUGGCCGAUGGCAUGCGACACAUGCCGCAUACGGAGUACGACCGCGCUGACGAGGAUGCCGACAUUCCGUUGCUGGCACUGCGCCUUCUGAAGGGUCACCUACUUUUGGAGGUGUUUGUCGCGCGAGCGCCACUGACCGACCGGUGGCUCUACGGCGCGCUGCCGGACGUCAUCGUGGCCAACGUGGCGUCGUUCCGAGGCCCGCGCUGGAGUCUGGCCGAGCUGUGUCUUGAGCACGAUUUCAACACCAUGUACGACGUCUUGCCCGCCCUCGGCGACGUCCUCCGGCACGGCUACCACCCGUCGCUCGACAAAUGGAUCGGCUACGUCCUGGACGCCUACGACAACGAUGAGCACGGCGUCGACUCGGCGCUCACUAUCGAGAUGAUGGCCGCGCUUCUCGCACUCGGUGCGGCCACCAACACGUUUUUGUCGUUGCUGGACCGUCUCGCGAUGACGUGGCGGCUUGCGAUGGCACCAGCGAUCGUCGCCUUCUUGCACGACUGGCCGACGCUUGUGACACCCAUCAUGGUCGAGCUCUGCGGCAACCUGCUGCUCUUCUUUGCAAGUGACAAGGAAGGGCACUACGUCGGCAGGAUCUACGAUGGCGAGGACGGCUACUUCGACGAAGACUAUUUGGAAGAAAUGGAAGACUACAGUGAGGACGCGUCCGACAGCGACAACGAGUUUGACCCGUUUGACGAGAAUCGCAGCCCGCUCCUGGGUCGGCUCCGACGCCACUACAUCCACGGCGCCAGGAGCCCGCUCGUCAAGGACAUGACCACGUACGCCGUGCUCAAGCGCUUCAACGACAUGUGUCCGUCGCACCCGCGGGUGUUUGUGCGGCUCGCCGACGGCCUCCUAUCGACGCUGCCCAUAGUCUUUCCGCGUCACGCCGUUCUUCAUGGGUACGCUCUACCGAGCCUCAUGAUCCGCGCUCCGUGCUGCUACAGUUGCGAGAGCUUCAACUCGUUCCUGAUCAACCCGGGCAAGGACAAAUGCUCAUUUCCCGUCUGCAAGAAGGUACUCGCCGUCGUCGCAUUCUACCCGCAGCGCUUGCGCAAGUCGCGCGUGUACUCGAUCGACCGUGCGCACAUUGCCAUCAACAAGGUGCGCCAGCCCGGCCAAGCAACAGCCCGAGCGGUGCGGGCGCACAUGCAACGCCAGACACCGCCGCACAGCAACUUGGCCCGCGCGCGCCAACUGGCCAAGCGCGUCGAGGACGCCCGGCGCCGUCUGUAG